AUGUGCGGAAUUCUUGCUUUAAUUUCUGGAAACAUUGAAUGCAACGAUGCUGCCGUAGAUUUACAUGAGGCACUAUACGCACUGCAACAUCGUGGCCAGGAUGGCUGCGGUAUUGCGACAUCCCACAAGUCAGGAAGAAUAUACUCUUGCAAAGGCAAAGGCCUAGCUUCGAAGGUCUUCCGCGACGGCGAACUCGUCCCCGAACUCCCUGGAUUUAUGGGCCUUGGUCAUCUUCGAUAUCCCACUGCAGGAACUUCGUCGAACGCAGAAAGUCAGCCUUUCUACGUCAGCUCUCCUUAUGGACUUUUGUUCUCGCACAAUGGGAACCUUUUGGAUACCGAAAAGCUCAAGGAGUACUUGGAUUUUGAAGCGCAUCGCCACAUAAAUACUGACAGCGACUCUGAGAUCAUGCUCCAAGUAUUUGCCUCUCAGCUGCUCCAGACUGACAAGAGACGUGUAGACGAGGAUGAUAUUUUCACUGGUCUGGAGAAUAUGUAUAAGAUGACUGUAAGUGGCUUUGCCUUCUGCGGAAUGGUUGCUGGAUUUGCCAUCUUUGGAGCCAGAGAUCCCAACGGCAUUCGCCCCCUUGUCAUUGGUUCUCGCCUCAAUCCAGAUGGAAAAGGGCUGGACUACAUGCUAGCCUCCGACUCUCCGAACUCAAUCAUCGAUGGCAUUUCCGUGUAUGAGAGUCGACAAAACAUGGGCCUCAAACUUGCCAAUACAAUUUUGAAGACCUUGGGUCAGGAUGUCGUCGACGACAUUGAUAUUGCUAACCGGUUGAUCGCAGUCGUUGCCAUACCUGACUCAGGAAUCGUUCCUGCUUUGUCGGUUGCUGAAGCCCUCAAACGACCAUACCGUCAUGCUUUUUCGAGAAAUCGCUACAUCUUUCGGACUUUCAUAAUGCCUAACCAAGAAAGCGUUGUAAGGGCGUACAAUCGAAACUCAAUCCUUUGCGGAGUUUGCAACAUGGCUCGAGAAGCGGGAGCCAAGAAGGUUUAUUUUGCUAGUUCUUCUCCUCCCGUCACCCAUCCACAUAUCUAUGGAAUUGACCUGGCCACUUCGACAGAAUUGGUCGCAUACAAUCGUGAUCGCAAAUCCAUUGCGGCAUCAAUAAAUGCGGACGAACUCAUUUUCUUGCCCUUAGAAGGCCUUGAAGCUGCAUGUGCGGAACUUAGUCCUCGAUCCAAACAAAGUUUCGAGAUUGGUGUCUUUUGCGGUAGAUACGUGACGCCCGUGUCUCAAGGAUACCUGGAGAAAUUGGAGAAGACUCAAGGGAAACCAAAAGCCAUUGAUGGUAGUCAUAAUGGGAUGUUCGUGACUGUUGGGGAUAGUGUGACAACACGUCCAAUGGUCUCUGAGCGUUCGGACGUCAGUCUCCAUAACCUGGCCGAGGAUCAUUGAGAAUGCACAAAUACCUUUGGAAGGCUCUUCACUUCCUCUAUAUAUAUCAUUGUUCUCAAUGUCUUGGAAAAUUCGGUAUCCCUGGGUUGCGUACAUAUUGAGGAAG